AUGGCUCUGUUCCUCGCAGCCACCAUCCUCUGGGCCCUGGUGUGGCUGUUAUACCGAGCGUGGCAAGUCUGUCAGACCCCGAACGACAUCCUAGUUGAUAAGCUCGGUCUUGAUAUUCCCCCAUCACCCGAGGUCACUCUGGAGGAAAUUUCGGCGCGAGAAAUCCAUAUUGCCUGGAAGCAACCAGACUUUCACAAUUCCAUUCACAAACAUAUAAUUCAGGUUAACAGUGCAAAAGUGGGCGAAACCAAAAGGGCGGAAACCGCGGUCACCAUCGGGAAUUUGACGCCAGGACACAUCCACCAUAUCUGUGUAUUUGCUGUGAGCGCCGCUAACUUCCAAACCGCAAGCGCUGUGCUUCAUGUCCGUACGAAGCCGCUCCCAUUGUCGCAGACUCAACAAGAUGGCGAUAUCGAGGGCCCUACGAUUCACGCAUCCGUCCCGCGUUCGACGGUUGCACUUUCCGCUCCCUCUGCUCCGGUCAUGGCGAGAGAGCAUAGCGCCGGUUAUACGCAAAGCAAACGCACCGCUGGAGGAAAGAAAAUAUCAUCGGCUUCGAAUCUAGUUGACUCUCAAUCCGAGGACUACCAGCGUCACUCAUCCAACGAUGAUCAUGCCGGAACUUUGGAGCGUCUCGCAGAGCGUCUUAAGAAUCUUCAGCAGGAAAAUGAAAAUAUAGAUAAACAAAUUGCAGAAGAGGAUGAGGAACACGGCGCCACUUUGAAGGAAUUGGAGAAACAGCGCGAUGAGCUCAAGCAACGUGUGAAAGAGAAAGACGAAGCCAGUGGUGAUUUGAAAAAGCACGUGAACAAGCUAGAGAGUGUUAAUCGCACUGUUCAGAGUGAAAAGUCGAAGCGAGAGAGAUUGCUCCAACAGAAGGAAGCUGAUCGCAAAAAGCGGAAAGAUGACAUUGUUCGAUGGCAAGAUCAAAUCGCGCAAAUCAACAAGGACAUGGCGCGAGUCAAGGAAGAGAGAAUGAAGGUUGAGCAGGACGCCGCUAAGCAGGCCAGCGAAAUUCGGGACAAGAUUGCCUUGGAGCAAGUGAAAAUGAAGGAUAUUGACGAUGAGAUUCAAGAAAAAGGUGGCCGCAUAAAGAAAUUGGAAGAUGAACGGCAGAGACUCGAGGGCGGUGACAACGAAGAUGGCAAGGAGCUCGAUCGUAUUGAUAUUGAAAAGGCUCGUCAGUGGGAAAACCGUCUCAAUAAUCUCCACGCAAGAUACGCUACACUCGUCAAUCUUCAUGUUCAAGCUCAGCAACAAUAUCAAGAAGCUCAGGAACGCCUCAAGUGGCUGACUAGUCAAAGAACUAAUGGGACGGGACCUUUUGCCGCAUUGCAGACUCUCGACUUGGAUUUGUCUCAGUCCUCUGCUAUGCGCCGCUCUCGGCAUCGGAGUUCGUUGACAAGCAAUGUAUCUUCGCCAGUGGCGUUUCCACAAGUGGACACCGCAUUUUCUCGAAGCACGAACUACAACCCAUCUAGUAACUCGCCUACAUUUCCUUCCAGCACCGCUUUCUUCAACAUCAACAACGGAAUGACAUUAGCCGGUCUUACAGGAAGAUCGGAGGCUCUUCCUACGGAAUCCGAUACGUCGUUGCCGCCGAUGAGCCCACGCGCCGACGCAUUAUUACCGUCUGAUCUGCUCGGAGAUGAGGAGUCCAACGAACUUCCCGAUCCCAUCAUUGAACCCAACGUCCCUGAUGCUGAUGCAGGAGCAAGCUCUUUGUUCGAUCAGCCUCGCUCGCCUUCUCCCGACCCUUCGGAAACCAGAUCUAAUAGAUUCUUCGCAAGCCCCCACGAGAGUCUAAGGGAUAAUGACCCCAGCAUUCCGACUAGUGAGGGGAUGUCGGAGGAGACUGAUACAUCUCAAGCUCAAAGUGCGUCGCGGCGACUUUCUGGGUUGUUUAGUUUUCACAGACCACGCGGUAAAACCACAGUCGAUGGGCCUCCGUUACUUGGAAGCCUGAAGCCUGGGCAGAGUCGCUCGUUCCCGCGAAACUAUGAUGAGAUUGAUGCAAUUGGGGCACGGCGACGCCGUCUCACUCAAGCUACUAAUUGGGCAAACCCAAUGUCAUACUUCCCUCGAAGCAGUGCCACGUCGCAUGUGACUGCUGAUAGCUCUUCCGAUCACACCCCAUCCAAAAGGAGUGCAUUUGCAAGUAUAUUCUCUGCUGGCAAGAGCGGGUCGAGUGAUUUGGUCAAGUCGGACCAAGGAUAUAAUCAAUUCAGCCCUAGACAUGAUCCCAUCGAUCCUGCAUCUAUCCUGGGCCCGAUUCGACGAAGUUCCUUGUCUCCGCGACCAUCGUCUGUGUUCUCUUUUGACAAACAACUCCCCCAUCCUUCCACUGAGCCCUUUGGCUGGCCUUCUGGCGAUAUUGUAGGCACAAGGGGAUCUCUAGCUUUUGAAUGGGCGUCACCGUCAACGUGGUCGCGCGGUCCUUCUCGCAGGCCGUCGACUCAGUAUGGAUCCUCCAGUCACCUACCUCUUGGAAUGUCCCCCGGGGAACCGGACUUUUUGCAGGCACCACAUGACAAGCUUCGCCCGUUACAGGCACCCAUUGGAACCAGACCUUCCUCAUCUCAUCGGCCUGCAACGCCAAAGUUGAACCCGGCCGCGCCGACCUUUAAGACUCUUUUCAAGAAAUCGGAGCGGGAUAAAGAGAAAGCAGUGUAUAGAGGCUUUACCUCGAGAUCCGAAGAAUUUGAUUUCCAACCUGAAGAUCACUCGCCUCCAACAUCUAGCCGGUCUAGAGAUUCUCGCGCAUUUUCUGCUGCUGCAGAAUCUCUAGAGUCUUUGGAUCUUAUUCCUUCCAGCAGCCCCUCGGACACUUAUGGGACAAAGGAGUCUUUUAUCCAGAAGAUCACGCGCAAGGGAAGUUCUAGCAAGUUUAAUCUUUCCUGGAAGGACCGUGGAGGGAUAUUUUCGAAGAAAUAUGACUCUUUUCAGGGGGAUAUUGACGAGGACAACAGUACCCAUGAUGAGGCGCAGCUUGGCAAGAGUGUGGAGAGUGUCGUUUCUAAUACACCGUCUGCGGAUAAGUCCAGCACUCGCAGCAGCCGAAACUUCUUCAGCCGGAAAUCCAGGAAAGACAAAAAUUCGGUCGAGGCCAGCGAGAAAGCGAGUGAAACUGGAGAUGAAGAGCUAGUCGAGGAGUAA